UUCCUUCCUCUGCAUGAAUUGAUGCUUUGUCAGUCGCCGGCGUUGGACUUGGGGAAUCUCCUCCUCCCUCUUCUUCUGUUCUCUUAAACCCUCCGCCUCCUCCGGUUCGUUCCACUUCCACCCACUACUCCCCUUCCCCCUACCCCAUACUCUUGACUUGGUUGAAACCUCUGCUACAGUACACGGGCGAGGCCUUAGAAAUGUUGCGCUCCAUUCUCCGAGCCGCAGCUGCAGGAUCCAAGCUCCACCACCAGCUCCCCCGUCCCAGCGCUGCCGCGGCGCUGCUGCCCUGCCUCAGCUACUCCUCCAAGAACAGUAAAUCCGCCGUCACCAAGGCCAACAAGAAGGCCAAAUCCAAGGACGGCAGGGCUGAUAACACCUCCUCCACUGCAUCAGACGACCUCGACUCCGGCCUCGAUGAGGGAGCCAGGGCUCGUCACCUCGCCCUCGACGAAAGUGACUCCUCCCUCGACGUCGGCCCUGAUGGCCGUCCCCUCUUCACCUCCACUUCUUCACUCUCUCACCUCACUCGCAAGGAUGCCUGCACCUACUUCAAUUUCAACAUGUCUAAGUUGGAGGAGGUGUUGCCGGAAGGACUACCGGCAGGAAUGGAGAAGGAAUUCGGGGAAGCAAUGAGGAGCGCUGUGCUAGUGAGGCAGGGUUUCCUGGAUCUCCGAGAUAACUUCCGACGAAUUGUUGAUCCGCCAUCCUGGCCCUCUGAUAAAGCACCAAAGCUCAGAAAGCAGGUUGUAUUGGAUGGUCCUGUUAGCUGUGGUAAGAGCAUUGCACUUGCCAUGCUCGUCCACUGGGCUCGUGAUGAAGGUUGGCUGGUUUUUUAUGUCCCUAAAGGCCGUGAGUGGACUCAUGGAGGAUUUUAUUAUAAAAACCCACAAACGGGAUUGUGGGAUACUCCCGUUCAAGCUGAAAAGAUCCUCAAGGAUUUUCGCAUGUGGAAUGAAGGUCAUUUAAUGAAACUCCCCUGCCAAGUAUAUGACCCGAUUCCGUUGGGUGAAGGGGCUGGUGUUGGCUGGAUGAAAGAUGUUGAUUCCAUGACAAUGCCUGAAGGUUCGACACUGGAUGAUUUGGUUAAAACAGGAAUUGAUCAUACGCAUGCUGCUGUGGGGGUGGUGGUUCGUUUGAGAAAAGAAUUAUCACUUGUAAAAGAGAUACCUGUCCUCUUUGCAAUUGAUCAAUAUAAUAGCUGGUUUACAUUCAGCGAGUAUGAGGUGCCAGUCACUCUCCAUUCUUGCCGACCACUACAUGCUAGAGAGGUUGCAACAGUUAAUGCUUUUAGAUCCAUGAUGCAUGAUAAUAUGAUGGUGGGUGCAUUUUCUCAUUCAACUGCAGUAGGAAAGCUGCGGAAGGAUCUUCCAGAUGUUCCAGCAGAUGCGCGUGUUAAUUUCCCUCGCUACUCUUUAGAUGAAGCUGCUACUGUUUGCCAUUAUUACCUCAGGCAAAGGCUGGUGCGCCGAGAAGCAUUUUCUGAGGAGAACUGGAAGAAGGUUUACUACUUGUCAAAUGGGAAUGGAUCAGAAAUGAGGUGGUUAAUCCCGUUGAUGCGAUGAAUCCAAUGAGAGUGGAAUUUUUUCUUUCUUCUGAUGUAGUGGUAACGCAGGUCAAUUCCCCUCCCCCCCUUUUCCUUUUUUUCUAUCUAAUUGAAUGAAAUAUGUCGUUCUGAUUGGGUUAUCAGAAAGCGAGACUAUUAUCUUGAUUGGAUAAAUGGGUUGCAUGUCAAAAUGGGAAAUGUCAGUCACAGGAUGUUGAGCCAAUUCUGUGUCUUUUGUUAAA